CUUCGUCGUCCCUCUCGCCCCUCCUCCUCCCCUCCCUCCUCCCGCUCCCCUCCCCCUCCGCUCCCGCCGCCUCCGCCCGCCGCCCCGGCCGCGUCGGGUAAACCUGUUCUGCGAGGCGGCCGCGCCGGGGCGGAUCGAGCGGCCGGCGGCUCCUCGCGGCUCGCGGCGUCGGGGCCCGUGGAGCGCGCGGCCGGCCCUCGGCCGCGGCCCUCGGCACCGCCACCAUGUAUUCGGGAGCUGGCCCCGUUCUUGCUUCUCCUGCUCCAACAACAUCACCCAUCCCAGGAUAUGCCUUCAAACCUCCACCUCGGCCGGACUUCGGCACCACCGGGAGAACAAUCAAACUACAGGCCAAUUUCUUUGAAAUGGACAUCCCCAAAAUCGACAUCUAUCACUAUGAAUUGGACAUCAAACCUGAGAAAUGCCCUCGGAGAGUGAACAGGGAAAUAGUGGAGCACAUGGUCCAGCACUUUAAAACACAGAUCUUCGGGGACCGGAAGCCAGUGUUUGAUGGAAGGAAGAAUCUGUACACAGCAAUGCCCCUUCCAAUCGGCAGGGACAAGGUGGAACUGGAGGUCACGCUGCCAGGAGAAGGCAAAGAUCGUAUCUUUAAGGUAUCCAUCAAGUGGGUGUCAUGCGUGAGCCUGCAGGCGUUACAUGAUGCACUUUCGGGGCGGCUGCCCAGCGUCCCCUUUGAGACGAUCCAGGCCCUGGACGUUGUCAUGAGGCACUUGCCAUCCAUGAGGUACACCCCUGUUGGCCGCUCCUUCUUCACUGCGUCUGAAGGCUGUUCCAACCCUCUGGGUGGGGGCAGAGAAGUGUGGUUUGGCUUCCAUCAGUCCGUCCGACCUUCUCUUUGGAAAAUGAUGCUGAAUAUUGAUGUAUCGGCAACAGCGUUUUACAAGGCACAGCCGGUGAUCGAGUUUGUUUGUGAAGUUUUGGAUUUUAAAAGUAUUGAAGAACAACAAAAACCUCUGACAGAUUCCCAAAGGGUAAAGUUUACCAAAGAAAUUAAAGGUCUAAAGGUGGAGAUAACGCACUGUGGUCAGAUGAAGAGGAAGUACCGAGUCUGCAAUGUGACCCGGCGGCCUGCCAGUCACCAAACGUUCCCACUGCAGCAGGAGAGUGGGCAGACAGUGGAGUGUACGGUGGCCCAGUACUUCAAGGACAGGCACAAGUUGGUUCUGCGCUAUCCCCACCUCCCGUGUUUACAAGUCGGACAGGAGCAGAAACACACCUACCUUCCUUUGGAGGUCUGUAACAUAGUUGCUGGACAGAGAUGUAUAAAAAAAUUAACAGACAAUCAGACCUCAACCAUGAUCAGAGCAACUGCCAGGUCAGCACCCGAUCGACAAGAGGAGAUCAGCAAAUUGAUGCGAAGCGCAAGUUUCAAUACAGACCCGUAUGUUCGUGAAUUUGGAAUCAUGGUGAAAGAUGAGAUGACAGAUGUGACUGGGCGGGUUCUGCAGCCGCCCUCCAUCCUCUAUGGGGGCAGGAACAAAGCGAUUGCCACACCUGUCCAGGGUGUGUGGGACAUGAGAAACAAGCAGUUCCACACGGGCAUCGAGAUCAAGGUGUGGGCCAUUGCCUGCUUUGCACCCCAGCGCCAGUGUACAGAAGUCCAUCUCAAGUCCUUCACGGAGCAACUGAGGAAGAUCUCGAGAGAUGCUGGGAUGCCUAUCCAGGGUCAGCCCUGCUUCUGUAAAUAUGCACAGGGUGCAGACAGUGUGGAACCCAUGUUCCGACACCUGAAGAACACAUACGCUGGUCUCCAGCUGGUGGUGGUCAUCCUGCCUGGCAAAACUCCUGUGUACGCGGAAGUCAAGCGUGUAGGAGACACGGUGCUGGGGAUGGCUACACAGUGCGUCCAGAUGAAGAACGUGCAGAGGACCACGCCACAGACCCUAUCCAAUCUCUGCUUAAAGAUCAAUGUCAAACUGGGAGGUGUCAACAACAUCCUGCUGCCACAGGGCAGGCCUCCAGUGUUCCAGCAACCUGUCAUCUUCCUGGGAGCCGAUGUCACCCACCCACCAGCUGGGGAUGGGAAGAAACCUUCGAUUGCUGCUGUUGUGGGCAGCAUGGACGCACACCCCAACCGCUACUGUGCCACCGUGCGCGUGCAGCAGCACCGACAGGAGAUCAUCCAGGACCUGGCUGCUAUGGUUCGAGAGCUGCUCAUUCAGUUCUACAAAUCGACACGCUUCAAGCCCACCCGCAUCAUCUUCUACAGAGAUGGCGUCUCCGAGGGCCAGUUCCAGCAGGUUCUCCACCACGAGCUCCUGGCCAUCAGAGAGGCCUGCAUAAAGCUGGAGAAGGACUACCAGCCAGGGAUCACGUUCAUCGUGGUGCAGAAGCGGCACCACACACGCCUCUUCUGCACAGACAAAAACGAGCGGGUUGGAAAGAGUGGGAACAUUCCAGCAGGCACAACCGUAGACACGAAGAUCACCCACCCCACUGAGUUUGACUUCUACCUGUGCAGUCACGCUGGCAUCCAGGGGACAAGCCGUCCUUCCCACUACCACGUGCUUUGGGAUGACAAUCGUUUUUCUUCUGAUGAGCUGCAGAUUCUGACCUACCAGCUGUGUCACACCUACGUGCGCUGUACACGCUCUGUGUCAAUACCUGCGCCAGCUUACUAUCUCCCCAACAUCAGUGAGACCACAAGAGCACCCACACCAGCCAUCAGCCGAGUCAGAAUCAUCCUGGGGCUGGUCAUUAGUUGA